AUGUUUUCCCACGAGUUGUCCGAUUCUUCAGAUUCUGAUUCAGAUUAUGAAGAAGACAUUCAAUUUAUGAUAAUGGCUUUAUUAACAAAAGAAAGAAAGAGUAGAAGACAUUGGAUUCAUCCCCUCAAUAGAACAAGAGAAAUUAAUGGCGAGUUUCAUUGUCUCUUUAAAGUGCUUGAAAACGAUGACGAAAAAUUUCAUCAGUAUUUCAGAUUGUCGAAAGCACAGUUUGAACAAGUACAUUCUUUAAUUGAAGAUGAUGUAAAGAAAAUACAUACAAGAUUUCGUAAGCCUAUAGGAACAAGAGAAAGACUUGCAGUAUGUUUAAGAUUUUUGGCAACUGGCAACUCUUUUCGGUCCUUGGGGUUCAAUUAUCGCAUGGGAUUCGCCACAGUAAAGAUAAUAGUCGAAGAAGUAUGUAACGCAAUUUGGAAAGAAUUAGCCCCUAUUGUAAUGCCUCAACCUACAGAACAAAUGUGGAGAGAAAUUGCAAAAGGAUUCGAAAAUAUAUGGCAUUUUCCGAACUGUAUUGGAGCAAUGGAUGGAAAACACGUAACUAUAAUAUGUGUCGUCUAG